AUGAAUAAUGAAUUGAACCAACGAAAGUUCGGCGCUAAGCAGAAAGAUCUCAGUGAAGAAUAUGUUAGUCACGAUGGAAAACGGGCAGUUCCCGAAGGUCUUCGAAAAUUCUUGGAUUUGGACGCAGAGUUGACGAAAAAUUUCACUAGUUUCAUGCAGAGUAAACUACCCAACAUCACCAAAUCUGAAACUAAGUUCAUGGAGAUUUCUGGUAGUGGAUACAUUUGGCUUCCAGUUUGUGCUAUUCUUUACUUCAUGCAUCCUUUUGUGCCUAAACAACUUCCUAUUAAUCUCAUCAUGGCUUUCGUACUUGAUAUUGUUGUCAUUGGAUUACUGAAGGCAUUUGCCAGAAGGAGACGUCCACCUACAAGGAACCCAGACUUCUUUAAAUCAAUUGGACCUGACCAAUUCAGCUUCCCUUCUGGCCAUGCAAGCCGCACCAUACUUAUAGCUUUCAUCUUCUCCUUGAUUAAUCCUUUUUUUGAUAUUGGGUACCUGAAUUUUGGAGUCUCACUUCUUCUCUGGGGCUGGUCCUUAACUGUUUGCUUAUCUCGAAUUUUGAACGGCCGUCAUUAUCUCUUUGAUGUCUUGGUUGGUGCCACAAUUGGAUUUGUCGAGGGCUAUCUCGUAUCAUUUCUCUGGAUGUCUCCUGAGCGGGCUGAAAACAUUCUGAAUUUCUUUUCCGACGAGGCACCUGAAAUUUGAAUGCUUUGGAUGAAAUAAGAGUAAUAAGAAAAAAAGUGAAAUUGUUUUUAUGAAUCUAAUCUGAGAUACACAGUUGAAACAAA